UGAACUGGCGCGCGAGAAAGGGCCCGGUCGCGCCGAGGCUCGAGCGGCCGUCGCCAUUUUGUAGGGUUCUCUCUGACGCGGGAGCCGCCGCCGCCGCCGCCACCCGGAGGCUCUUGUCAGGAUGGUGAAGCUGUUCAUCGGAAACCUGCCCCGGGAGGCCACAGAGCAGGAGAUCCGCUCACUCUUCGAGCAGUAUGGGAAGGUGCUGGAGUGUGACAUCAUUAAGAACUACGGCUUUGUGCACAUAGAGGACAAGACGGCGGCCGAGGAUGCCAUACGCAACCUGCACCACUACAAGCUGCAUGGGGUGAACAUCAACGUGGAAGCCAGCAAGAAUAAGAGCAAAGCUUCAACCAAGUUGCAUGUAGGCAACAUCAGUCCUACUUGUACCAACCAAGAGCUUCGGGCCAAGUUUGAGGAGUACGGACCUGUCAUCGAAUGUGACAUCGUGAAAGAUUAUGCCUUCGUACACAUGGAGCGGGCAGAGGAUGCGGUGGAGGCCAUCAGGGGCCUUGACAACACAGAGUUUCAAGGCAAACGAAUGCACGUGCAGUUGUCCACCAGCCGGCUUCGGACUGCCCCUGGGAUGGGAGACCAGAGUGGCUGCUAUCGGUGUGGGAAGGAGGGGCACUGGUCCAAAGAGUGUCCAGUAGAUCGUACGGGUCGUGUGGCGGACUUUACCGAGCAGUAUAACGAACAGUAUGGAGCGGUGCGCACGCCUUACACCAUGGGCUACGGGGAAUCCAUGUAUUACAACGACGCGUACGGAGCGCUCGACUACUAUAAGCGUUACCGUGUCCGCUCUUACGAGGCAGUGGCAGCAGCAGCAGCAGCUUCUGCGUACAACUACGCAGAGCAGACCAUGUCCCAUCUGCCUCAAGUCCAGAGCACAGCUGUGACCGGUCACCUCAACUCCACUUCUGUUGAUCCCUACGACAGACACCUGUUGCCAAACUCAGGCGCCGCUGCCACCUCAGCUGCUAUGGCUGCUGCCGCUGCCACCACUUCCUCCUAUUACGGAAGGGACAGGAGCCCCCUGCGUCGAGCUGCAGCUGUGCUCCCCACAGUUGGAGAGGGCUACGGUUAUGGGCCAGAGAGUGAGCUGUCUCAGGCUUCAGCAGCUGCACGGAAUUCUCUGUAUGACAUGGCCCGGUAUGAGCGGGAGCAGUAUGUGGACCGAGCGCGGUACUCAGCCUUUUAAAAACUGGAGGUGAGAGUGUGGUGGGUGUGGUUAAGAGAUUCCAUUUAGUUCCCCAGAAAGGAGACCUGUGCCACAUAGAGGAGGCUAAAGCCACCUGUUUGCUGUCAGGACAGUAUCCGAAAGGUAUAUUGCAUGUGAGUCUUAAAUACUUCUCUGACGUAGGCCAGAGGUUCAUUUGGCCUAUUGAGGUUUUAGUUUACAACUCCAACCAACUUGUUCUUUCUGAGAGAACAACAACAACUCAGUUUGUUAGUUAGAAUAUUGUUCUUUAAUCAAGUGUAAGCAGAUCUGGGUUACAGAAACAUAGUUAAGAAAACUAACACUUGUUGAGUGCCCUCUUUGUACAUGAUAUCAUUUGGUUCUGCAGCUAGCCUUUAAGAUAUUUUCUCUUUUACAGAGAAAGGAACUAAGGCUCAGAGAGGUUAAGUACUUUGCCUAAAGUCACCUGGUAAUUGAGAGAUGGGACCAGAAUUCAAACUCAGGCCUGCCUGAGUCCAAAACUACUUUCUCUUUCCCCCAUAGAAGUCACUGUAAUGUAUGCUGAGGAGUACAGGUUCAGGAGUUAAUCAUGAAUGUCACCAGUGAGGGUUUAAACUAUAAGUUCAGACUUCUGAUUUGCUAAUAAAACUACUACUUAGGUCAUGAGCCUUUAUCAGAGGAAAUUCUUCUAAUAUAUCUGUAAGCCAAAUAAAAUCCUCUAAAUUCUGGGUAUUUAGCUCCAGGAUAUUUGCUUGAAAGCAGAACAUUUUGAUGCCACUGUCCUGUGGAGUCCCUUCCUCAUUAGUAAUCCACAGCAUCAUGUUCUGCAUGGGCAUUUAAGCCAUAUUUCUGGCAUUUAAGCCAUAUUUCUGGCAUUUAGAGCAACACUUCUCAUUUCUUCCAGCAGAUUUUGUGGGGGUUUUGUUGUUGUUUGAGAGGAACAUUUAAGGAGCUAGAAAAGUAAAACAGGUAAUUUUCUGAUGUGUAUAAAAUCCCAUUGGUGGUAACCCUGGCAGUUUAAUUUUUCCUACUUCAGAAAAUGUAUAGCAAAGAUGUUGGAAUGUCAAAAAUAAUUAGGAGUAUCUAGAGAUUGAUAAACCUCUUCAUCUGAGUGGAAAUUGCAUCAUAACUUUCUGUUCUCAUGGUUUUCCUUGUAUCUUGAAAUUGAGCAUCGGUAGAACCGGAGGCCUAGUGGCAAAGUUAAACUGAGUUACCACUGAGUUUUCAGGGUUCCUAACAUACCCCUUUGGUAUAGGUGUAGGAAAAAACCAAGUGACAGGAAUGUGCCCUUUUAUGUAGUGAGAAGCAAAUGAUAUGACCCUUUAAUAAGUUAUGUCCUGUAUGACCAUGACAAGACUGGGUGCUCCUGAGACUGCUGUGAAGCAAUGUGUGUUCACGUGCAUGAAGUGGUUAAUCUUACAACCAGUGCACCUUGCCACUAAUUUUUACUUUUAAUGCUGCUAGAUCUGCCAUGAAGUAGGAUAUGCCUCUAAAGUAAGGUGGUAUCUUCUAUCAGAUAACUUAUAUUUCUCUCAAAUAUGUUCCAAAGUUAAAUAUUAAAUUAGUGUACAUUGUGGUCUUUAAAGGGUAUUGCUAAGGUAUUUUUAAGUGAUUUUUUUUGACUUCUAGCAGUGGUUGUUCAACUAACCUCUUUUUAGUGAUGACUUUUAAAGAAACUUACCUUCCAGGUGUGAACCUCAAAUGGACUGAAUAACCCUGAGUUGGUUGCAGUCCCAGGAGCCUGAUGUUAAUGAGGCUGCCAGGAUGAAAUACUCCAGAACUGUUGGGGAUCCAAAUUCGGGUCUCACCCUAGCAGAACUGAUUCAAGAACGUCACAACUUUUGAAGUCGAUUGGCACAGAUCAAGACCAAGAUUUGGCCCUUUGUCUGUAAUAAGUAGAGGAACUUGGUGUGAGUUAACUUUUUUUUUCCCCCAGCCAUUGGUGUCUGGAGUUCCAUCAUCAAUGGAAGAGUUAGAGAAUUUAGGAUUUCUUCUUUUGAUUUGGUAAGGGAGAUUUGGUCAAUUAAAGGAACUACUGGAAUUAUGGCUCUAAAUCUGUGACAGUUAUGAUAGCAGGUAUGUUGGAGGAGGAAUGAACCACUCCUUGAUACUUUUUGUGAUUGUCAUUUCUGAAAAUUUGUUUACUAUGAAAGAUUAAAAAUGAAACAAAUUUAGGAUAGUGCAGUUGGCCAUAUUUGAGACCUUGGCAUCUUCUGAUUUUUCUGGACCCCAAAACUACAUUAUGGUUCUUGAUAAUAUCUGUAUGCCCUUUGUUACAGCAACAGUAGCUUUGUAUCACAGAAAUAGUCUUGCCUAAAAGAUGGGUAAGAAAGUGAGAAAGAUAUGUUUAUCACCAACAAAGCAGUCUUCCAGAUAAAUGGCUUCUUGUUGUAUAUAUAGCUAUAAGUACAUUCUUAUAUAUAGCCAUAGGUGAUUAUACGAGAUGUAGUUUGACCCAGUCUGACUUGGUUUUGUUUUGUUCUGUCUUUUUCCCCCCCUGGAAUACAGGACGGGACCAGGGUCCUUGUACUCGGAGCCAAGCUGCUCUCCAGGCAUUGUGUAAGCCUCUUGUGUUGUGCUCUCUUUCAGGUAGGAUAAUUGCGGACUGAACCCUCGGGCUGCGGUCAUAUAUGAGAACUUGCUCCGCGCGGUCCCCUUUGCCGGGAUGUUUCCAUUGCUUCAUGUUUCAGUAAACAAAGGAGUUUGUGACCAACUAUGUUUUCUUUCUUAAUUUAAUUCUUCUAAGUUGACUUUUCUUUCUUCCUGAUACUAGUCUUUGUAGCCUUUCACUCUGUUCCUUAUAUUCUUAGCCUCUGAGCAGCCCUAGGUAAGGAUUAUGCUGGCAUCCCCUUUUUCCUGUACAGUGGAAUCCCUCUUAUCUUGCUUUCCUUAGGAGUUGAACCCUUCUCCCUGUCUACUUGCAACAUCUCCUUCCCUUUAAAAUGACCAUGUAGUGGCAAGCAACCUUUUACUCUUCUCUGUUAGCUCUGGACUCUAACAUUGAAGCUAAUCUUCUGAAAUUGCUAGGACCAUUGGGGUUUUGGUUGCUGUUUGUUUUGUUUUGUUUUGUUUUUUUAUGUCUGACCUGUGAUCGUGGUACAGCAUUAGCUGAAAUUUCGCCUUGUUUUAUUCCACUUCUCCCACUUUUUUUUUUUUUUAAUAUUUUGACAAAUAAACAUUUCUAACACUU